GUCUUGGUGGCUUAAGCUCUAUAUGAGCUCUCAUGUCAUACCGAGGGCAGUCCCCUUUUACAAUUAAUCCAAGGAAGUUUUUCACCUUAGCUAGUCACAAGAAGACAUGGCAGAACAGGCAUCGCCUUCCGUCAACACGGAAUCCAUAGACGAAGCACUCCACCGGCUGUCUAAGAAGCCUGGGGUGAAGGCCUGGCUCAUGCUGGACCGGGUUAACGGCGCCGUGCUGAAGACGAACGGUCAGAUCUCUACCAUUCGACCCGCGCGAUCCAUAGAAAAUAAGAACUCUCUACCGAGCCCUACCAGCGGUUCCUUUUCGGCCGACGUCAGCACGAGCACGGACAACGAGACACAAGCCGCGCAGGAGCUCGCCGGCCUGGUAUGGGGCUUCUUAACUACGGCGGGGAGUUUGGUCGACGAGAUUGACAGCGAGGUAGGUAAAUCGUCAACUUCAACGUUCAGCGGUACCAUUAAAAAAAAACCCAGAAGAGAAGAUGGGACUAAUAUAGAAUGGAUAAUUAUAGGAUGAGCUCAAGUUGUUGAGG